ACGCCAAAAUUACUCGGAGAAACAACUCCGGGAAAGCCCUUCUUCCUGAGGCAGCAGCUCCGAACCCGAUUUCAUUCUUCCGAACCAGACACAGAAAAAGUUAGGGUUUUGUUUCGCCUGAAAUCGCCAUUGAAUUCGAAGUGCUGGGAAAGAGGUAGCUCAUAUGGCGUGCGUAUACAUUCCAGUGCAGAACUCGGAGGAGGAGGUCCGAGUUGCCCUGGACCAGCUUCCAAGAGACGCUUCUGAUAUACUUGACAUUCUUAAAGCCGAGCAAGCUCCUCUUGAUCUCUGGCUAAUUAUCGCUAGAGAGUACUUCAAACAAGGAAAAGUUGAACAGUUUCGGCAAAUAUUGGAGGAGGGAUCUAGCCCAGAAAUUGAUGAAUAUUACGCUGAUGUGAGGUAUGAUAGAAUUGCAAUUUUAAAUGCAUUGGGGGCAUAUUAUAGCUAUCUUGGGAAGAUCGAGACAAAACAUAGAGAAAAGGAGGAUCAUUUUAUAAUGGCAACUCAGUACUAUAAUAAAGCAUCACGGAUUGACAUCCACGAGCCUUCUACCUGGGUUGGGAAAGGUCAGCUUUUACUGGCUAAAGGAGAUAUAGAACAGGCAUUUGCUGCCUUCAAGAUUGUAUUGGAUGGAGAUCGAGACAAUGUUCCUGCCCUCCUUGGUCAGGCAUGUGUUCAAUUUAGUCGGGGAAAGUUUUCAGAUUCAUUGGAAUUAUACAAGAGGGCUCUGCAAGUGUUUCCUCAAUGUCCGGCUGCUGUUAGACUUGGAAUUGGUCUUUGCCGAUAUAAGUUGGGUCAAUUUCUGAAGGCAAAGCAAGCAUUUCAGCGUGUCUUGGAGUUAGAUCCAGAAAAUGUGGAGGCUCUUGUUGCACUUGCUAUUCUAGAUUUGCAAACGGAUGAAGCUGGUGACAUUAGAAGUGGAAUGGAAAAGAUGCAAAGAGCUUUUGAGAUAUAUCCUUAUUGUGCGAUGUCACUGAAUUACUUGGCCAAUCAUUUUUUCUUCACCGGCCAACAUUUUCUUGUUGAGCAACUCACUGAAACUGCACUUGCUGUUACUAAUCAUGGGCCAACUAAGUCACAUUCUUACUACAAUUUGGCACGCUCGUAUCAUAGCAAGGGAGACUACGAAAAAGCUGGAAUGUACUAUAUGGCAUCAGUAAAAGAAAUCAACAAGCCACAAGAAUUUGUAUUGCCCUAUUACGGGCUUGCCCAAGUUCAACUGAAAUUGGGAGAUCUUAGGAGUUCACUUUCAAAUUUUGAAAAGGUAUUGGAGGGUUAUCCAGAGAAUUGUGAGACACUUAAAGUAAGUUUUUUGAGUCUCUUUCCCACAUUUAUGUGCAACUUGGGCAACCAGAGAAAGCUAUCUGAGUGUUGGACUUGUUGCCUUGUAGUCCGAUCAUAUCAUUCCUUAAUCGCAUUUUUGGAUCUUGGUGAACUGUUAAUUUCAACAGAUGCAGGUGCUGCUUUAGAUGCCUUUAAAACAGCACGUAAUCUACUGAAAAAGGCAAAUGAGAAAGUACCUAUUGAGCUACUCAAUGACAUUGGCGUCCUUCAGUUUGAAAGAGGAGAACUUGAGCUUGCAGGACAAAGUUUUAGGGAUGCUCUAGGUGAUGGCAUAUGGUGCAAGUUCCUCGGUGCCAAACUGCAGUCUGAUGCUAAUGUGAACGUUCCUAACUGUGAAGGUCUCCAACAUUCCAAUGGUGAAGUAUCGUGCAAUCUUUUCAAAAGUGUGCUAUAUCCAAUGGAUGCCAGUGCAUCCAUCCAUCAAUACAAAGACAUCCAAAUGUUUUGCAAACUUGAGGAACAGGGCAUUGCUGUAGAACUUCCCUGGAAUAAAGUUACUGUACUUUUUAACCAUGCAAGAUUACUAGAACAGCUAUAUGACACAGAAACAGCUAGUAUCUUUUACCGCUUGAUCUUGUUUAAGUAUCCAGAUUAUGUAGAUGCCUAUUUGAGACUUGCUGCAAUAGCCACAGCCCGAAACAAUGUUCAACUUAGCCUUGAGCUGAUCGGUCAUGCUCUCAAAGUGGAUGAUAAGUGCCCAAAUGCAUUGUUAAUGCUUGGGAACCUUGAAAUUAAGAAUGAUGAUUGGGUCAAGGCAAAAGAAACAUUUCGGGUGGCUAAGGAUGUGACCAAUGGACCUGAAUCUUAUGCUACUCUUUGUCUGGGAAACUGGAACUACUUCGCUGCAAUUCGCAAUGAGAAAAGAGCACCCAAAUUGGAGGCUACACAUCUGGAGAAGGCUAAGGAACUCUAUACAAAAGUUCUCUCUCAGCAGCACUCUAGUCUAUAUGCAGCAAAUGGCACUGGUGUUAUUUUGGCAGAAAAAGGUCAAUUUGAUAUUUCAAAGGAUCUUUUCACUCAGGUUCAAGAAGCAGCAAGUGGGAACAUUUUUGUCCAAAUGCCAGAUGUAUGGAUUAAUCUUGCACAUGUUCACUUCGCCCAAGGAAACUUUGCACUUGCAGUGAAAAUGUAUCAGAAUUGCUUGAGGAAAUUUUAUUACAAUACCGACAGUCAGGUGCUUCUCUAUUUAGCAAGAACACAUUAUGAAGCUGAGCAGUGGCAGGACUGCAAAAAGUCUCUGUUAAGAGCCAUUCACUUGUCACCUUCAAAUUAUACUUUAAGAUUUGAUGCGGGAGUAGCAUUGCAAAAGUUCUCAGCUUCAACCUUACAGAAGACAAAGAGGACUGUUGAAGAGGUGAGGUCAACUGUUGAAGAGCUUAAUAAUGCUGUUCGGUUAUUCAGCAUGUUAUCUACUGCUUCAAAUCUUCACCUUCAUGGGUUUGAUGAGAAAAAGAUUGAGACUCAUGUUGACUAUUGCAAGCUCUUGCUUGAGGCGGCAAAGGUCCAUUGUGAGGCAGCAGAGCUAGAAGAUCAACAGAUUCGAGCAAUGCGAGAACUUGCACGUCAGGUUGUCGUGACUGAGGAAAAUGAAAGAAAAGCUGAGGAACAGAAAAAAUACCAAAUGGAGAGACGGAAACAGGAGGACGAACUUAAGCAAGUGAUGCAACAAGAAGAACACCUAUUGCGCAAAAAGGAACAAUGGAAAAGUAGCACUCCUGGCUCUAAGAGAAAGGACAGGUCCCACGCUGGAGAUGAAGAGGGGGGCAAUGGUGACCGUAGGAGGAGAAAAGGUGGGAAGCGCAGAAAAAGGGACAAUAAAUCUCGCUAUGAUUCUGAGGAUGCAUUUAUGGAUGAUCAAGAGGAUAUGUAUGGAGAUGCCAAUAUGAAUUACAAAGAUCACGAAAACGUUGAAGCAGAAGAGAACAAUCCACAGGAUCUGCUUGCAGCAGCUGGGCUUGAAGAUUCUGAUGCUGAGGAUUAUGAUGCAUCUCAACCUCCAUCAAAUGUGAAGAGGAAGGGGCAUGAGUGGUCUGAAUCAGAGGAGGAAGAUGAACCAUUGCAGAAGCAGGAUACUGACAGAGGUGAUGACGAUGGCAGCGAAAGGCAGAAUGAAGAUGUCGAUGCUAAUGACGAGUGAGGCACCAAAUAAAUGCCUAAAGGAUCUGAAGCUUGUUUCCCCGAUUAUAGAGGCAAUCAAGGCUAAAUUUUAUACCAUAAAUUAAUCACUCUUAUUGAAUAUGCCGUCCACUGCACAAAGCAUCCUCACUGAGCUAGGGUCCAAGAAAGGGUCACACCAUUAGGGUGUGAUGUAGUCAGCUGCACUGGAAAGCCCUUGGAAUUUUUCUUCUUUUUUUAAUGUUUUUACUAAGAGUAGCUAACACAAUUUACUUUUCAUUGAAUUUAUAUGUUGUAUUAGUACAAAGUGUAUAUGACAUGCUUAUAGCCUGCAUUUCAGCCACUGCAAUGUCAUGUAACCUUCCAAGAAUCUUGCAGGGGAUUAAAAGACCAUUUGUUUGGAGAAUCCAACGAAAGAAAACCAACGAUUAAUA